AGCGGGAAGGACGCGCGAGACAGCUGCUCGAUUGUCUCGACAGGCUACAGCGAUCUCUCGAUUGUUAUACGUCUUUCACUCCUUGAGUGUAGCCUCUUUCACACAUGGAAAUGUGUUGAUUAGAAGUUUCUUUAUUCACUCUGAAAUAUAUUUAUAUAAUCAAACAUUUACCAGUGAGAAGAAAUUCACGUUUUGCGGUAUUUAAUCCCCAUUGAAAAUUUCUUUUCUGGUCGAAAAUUAAUUGCAUUUAGCUGGAAACGAAAUUCAGAAAUCUGUACAGUGAAAACACAAACUGAACUUAGCGAAAAUGUGUGACAAUAUACGACACUCGUGUUUUAAUUACUGCCAUAAAAGUUUUGGCCAGCAACAUAUUACAUUUAUCGAUUACGUGAAUGGAUGUUUUGGUGAUUAAUGCACCUUUAUUUGUCGUUAACAGUAUAAAUUCGAAUAAACUUUUCUGUUUUUUUUAACAGAAAUUAAAGGCCAGAUUCUUUGUAGACAUUGCAAAAAUGUUCCGUGCUUAUUAGUUGCAAAUUGGUGUGAUAUAUAAGUAGUCGGAUUCUCUGAAUUAAUGUUGCGUACUUUAUAUGACAGAAGGUAGGGAUAUAAAUAGAACUAAAUAAUACAAGACUAUUAACUGCAUAAUGCAAUAUGUUUGGUAGAAGACUGGUCGAAAUCUUGCAUUAUUAAGAAUAUAAAUUGCCCAGGAACAGGACAUAAAUUGUUGUAAUUUUAGAAAGAAUAUCAUUGAUCAACUAUGAAUUUGAAGUGUAUUUCAAAUAUAUAUUAAUGGUAGCAAAGGCCUUUCAGUUUAUCCCCUGAAUAUAUGUGAAAAAGCAAAUUUUAUUCGUUUUACAAGUUCCAUAAACCCAACUUAUAACUUGAUUAAAUAAAUGUAAGAAAAUAAUGAACCUCAUUACAGACUUCCAACUGUGAAGGGCAAAAUUACAAUCAACAAUCAUAUUAUCGAUUUUUCCCUGAAGACGUUAAGAGUCAGUGAAAAUGUUAGAAAGAAGAUUCAAACGUCUCGCAUUAUUGCCGGCAACUGUUUUUCUAUUAUACUUGCCAACGGUCGUACGGGCGACCGCUGAAAUGACGGAAGGCCCUGAAGUUGCAGUGCAGAAUGUAUUUCGACAGAUUUUGAAGCUUCGACCGCCCAACGAGCCCUUAUCAACGGCGGCAAAAGUUUUUACACCUCCGAAACAUAUGUUGGAGUUGUACCAGAAAUACGCAGCUGGUGGAGGACCCAAGAGGACAACAGGAAGUACUGUCAGGAGCAUCCUUCCGACCAAAGGUUACAAUUUGCAACAUGCAAGUUCCACCUCUCCUUCGGAUCUACUUAUCUUUAACGUUACAUGCAUGGAACAAACAGAAGAAGUCCACCUAGCGCAGCUACACCUUCAUCGCCGCCGGCUACCUCGUCAUCACCACAGUAACCACUACAGUCGCCGUGUUCUGUUACCACCUUACAGAGUUCGCCUCUAUCAGAUCCUGCAAGCGCGGCGUACACCCGGACGGGCACGUUCAUCGCCACCCAGAGCCCAGAACGCGAGGCCCACCAGGGCACGAACUAUGCUCCUCGCCUCCGUACCCGUUCCCCAGGCGACACGCGGUGGUUGGCAUGCACUAGAUAUCACCCCUGUUCUACGGGAGCUGCUACUUAAUGCUCAAGGUCCAGUGGCUGAUCUGAUGCUAGGAGUAAGGUUUGAAGCACCAAAAGGAAGGCCAAUUUCACCAGAGCACUUUCUUCGAGAUCCUGACGACGGUAAUACCACGAAAAACAACGUCGCGGCACCGGCAUUUCUUGUGGUGUUUUCUGAAGAUGGUUCGGAUAACGGCUUGAUGGAUGACAGUGGCGAAACACAACUGCAAACUCCCCCAUCACACACACACGCAAUGGCAAAAAUGUUGCAGACUGCUGGCGGAGACUUCCUGAAGGGAGUUAAAUCAGUGCCAAAACACCCAUUGACAAUCAAAGACACAGAAAUUAAUAUCAGUAACAAAACAAGGAACGACGACUUUUAUAUAGAAGCAUCAGAUAAUGGCCAUGAAAAUAACGAGGUAGACGCAAGUCUCAGACAAAAUCACAAGUCCAAGACACCAAAAGGAAAUCGUACACAUGUAGAUGAAGACGGUAAUUCGAUCGACUUUGGAAAUCAUCAAAUACACGCAAGAAAGGAUCCAUUACAAGAAAAAAAGAGAACUGUUUUAAGAAGAAGGAUGUAUUUGAAGACAAAAAUACAUAGUUCUGAAGAUAAAUUCGACAGUAAGAAACGAAAUUUGAAAGAAAGCAACAAGAAACCUUACGUUUCCGAAACUAAUGAAGUUGAAUUGGCUGCCGGUGAGAGAUCGCCACAUCGGAGAGUGGUCAGAUCAAUACUGGAUAACGAGCUGCCAGACGAAUACCCCCGUCCGACCAAAAGCGUGCCUCGAACUUCGCCCGGGACUCUACUGCAGGGCAGGAGAAACGGCAAUGUUGCUCAUGGCAAGGACGACGCGAAUACGAUACCGCUACCACCUGGAGGAUCCGCGGCGUCGAACGGGAGGUGGAGAGGAGGAAGGAGGCGGCGGAGAGGACGAGGCAAGAAACGAGGUGAACACAAGAAGAGGUCCAGGAAGUUACCUGAAAACUGGCAACACGUAGAGCAGGAUGAACACUGGCGACAGAACGACGCUGAACUGGACUCGUCGUCUGGUGCAGGGGAAGGCGUUCCUACUUGUCGUCGCCACAAGCUCGAGGUAAAGUUCGCCGACAUAGGUUGGAGUGACUGGAUAAUCUCGCCGCAGACAUUCGAGGCCCACUACUGCGCUGGCAGCUGCCCCUUCCCACUCACCAAGGCUCUGAAGCCGACAAAUCACGCCACAAUCCAGUCUCUCGUCCACGCUAUUGGAAUGCAACCAGACGUUCCUGCGCCAUGCUGUGUUCCCGACCAUCUGUCGCCAAUGACGCUCCUAUACAUGGACGACGCCGGCAACGUGGUCCUCAAGAACUACCCGGCUAUGAGUGUGGACACUUGUUCCUGUCGGUAGACGCUUCAAGGAGCGCCGUGCGUCCCUGAACGCAAUAUCAUCACCAAUGGACAUAUUCUUAGCAUAGUCUCGAUAUUUGCCGUAUCUGAAGAAAUACAAUGUACUGGUGACUGAAUGACAUCUUCACUUCUCGUUUGAUCGCAUGGUUCUGCCUUUUCGAUAAACGAACACUGUAGAGUGUUCAACACACGUGGAUUGCAAUGGGAAAGCCAGAGGCUCACGGAUGAUGUAACGACGUUCGUCACGUGCACUGGCUUUACAGCGUCGCGAGAUAAAUUAUGAAUCAGUUUUUAUGAAAUGGCAAUUACGUAGAAACAAUUGCAACCUAAUAUAAGGAAUUAUCCCAUCAUAUUCCUUGAAAAAUUGAAUAACAUCACGAAUAGUCCUUUCUGGUAUUUGAACCUGGUACCUGCUAGAUACGAAGGACAGGCAUAUUUAGUCUAAACAGUGGUUUUACCGCAACCAUUCAUUAUUUCGUCCAUCCGUCUCUAGAAUUAAAAUCUUUUAUUACACUUCAUGUGGCUUAUGUUAAGACUACAAACACAUGAUGUAUCAUUGCACCCGAUGUGUUCUCCCUUUUAAACUAAUUAAGCCUACACUUUUAAUUGAUUUUAAACUUAUAUUAUUGCCGCCGACGUGCUACGGCCAGCGUGUUGAACUUUGAUGAACUUCGAUUCCUGCUCUAAAUUUUCUUACGUGGCACUAAAUCAUAAGAUAUUUAUGAUAUUUUAAUAUUAGUUAAAGUCAGUUGUUACACAAUGCAUUUACUGUCAAUUAGUAGUACGAAUUAGACGAUUAUAUUUUAUUUUAUAGCGAAAAACGUCGCUAGACAAUAGACAAUCUUCAUAUUGUGUUGGAUUUAAAAAAAGGACACUAUUUGAUUACUUGGAGCAAAAAUUCCAAUCUCAUAGUUUAUUGCGCGUGCAAAUAUUUAAAUACCUACAACUAUUAAUUUCAUUAAACUCUAUUAAUGGCUAGAGAGAGGAUAAGCUCAGUCACUGAAGCCAAUAAAAGGAAAGACCAGUUGUUAAUAAAAUAAGCCUAUAAUUUUAACUUUAAAGUUAUUUGCAAUUGACAUAUGACGAAUUUGACUCUCAAAAAUGUCCAUUAAAAUAUCUGAUUUUGUAAUACCUAAUGUUUAUGAUGUAAAUACAGUUUUACCGUUGAAAUCACAGUGCCAUUUAUAAGCCAGUAAAUACGGUAUGAGAUGUCAACAGAAGAACAGGUUAUCGAUAUACCAUAAGAGAAGACUGAUAUGUAUAGAAGUGAAUGGUAAGCAAAAUAUUAAUAACACCACUUCCUAUUAUUAUUAUUAUUAUUAUUAUUAGUUUAUAGAUAUAUUUGUUGAGUGGCGUGAUUCAUGUACAAUGCAAGAUGUCUGUAGUCGUUUUGUGAAGAAAAAUAGUCCUUAACAUUACUUGCAGCACUAGGCAUUUUAGAGUUAUCAUCUUUCUAAUAGUGAUGACAUGGGUAAGAUCCUACAGAAUCUAUGAAGAUGGUCACAGAAACUUUAAUACUUAUGAAAAAACAAUAAUCAGUGAAUGUGUUACAGAUUAAACGACAAAGUGUCUUUCUGAAUCUCACGUGCAUUUAAUUUCUAACGAGAAAUCUGAUUUAUUACCAUCUGAAGACUUGAGGUAACAACAUUUUUAUUUGGAUAGAAUAAAAAUAUCUGAUAGAUAUUAGUGAGCGUUAUACAUAACUGGUCGUAUAUUUUAAAGGUAAAAAUAGAAUUAAAGCUUAGAAGUUCAAUGUAAGAUAACAUAAGUGUCUAUACAUAUUGCCACAAGCAGCUGUCCUGAUUUAUACUGACAUGUUUUCGCAGCAAAUGAAGGACACGAAACACUAAAAUCACUUUUCAAAGACGUGAUUCAUACCUUUUAUGUUUAACAUACUGCCUAAUAUUAUUAUGGAUUAAGCUGUAGUACAGAUACAUUACGGCAAACUAACGUGUUGGAAAAUUAAUUGAUUGCAAACAUCAGAGAUGCUAAUUAAUGUACAAAGCGACCUUAAAAAUAUAAAAAAUAACUGUUAAAUUAUAAAAUACAGGUGCAACAUCAAACUUAGUCUGGUUUCUUUUCGAAUUCCCUCAUAGAAAUCCAGACGAUGGCAUUUUUCAUCUUUAUUAUAAUUAUCUUCCUACUCUUUAAUACUAAUGUUCUCGAUACAUAAUACAAAAAUCUAGAAUACAAUGCAUUCUCCACGAUUCCUUCCACUCGCGUCUCAAUCAAAACUACUUAAAUUAAGCAAGUGGCUCUACCUCUACCUCAGAUCUGUGAACUGAAUAAAGUAAUAUUAAAUGCUGUUUCAAGAACAAUUAAGUAAUAUUCUUUGAGACCACGCCGCGAAUUGAAAUAGGUGUAUACUUAUAUUAUGUUAAUCUCACAACAAAUGUUUAACAAAUUAGACACUUCAGCCAAAGUUGCACUAGAUGUAAUGUUACCAUAUAUGUAAUUAGAUCUACUGAAAUAUGAUUUAGCUAGGUGGUAUUUGUCAACUAAUAAGUAAUUAAAAUAAACUAGGUACGUGUCUUUGUGUAUAAAUUAUAGUGUGUACAUUUUUCAUGAAUGUAUAUAGAAUUCAGUACUAUAUCAGAGCCAAUAGAUGGCAGAGAAAUCCCAACUAAUAAAAAUAUAACUAUUCCUCUGUAAAUUUAUAACGCAUCAUAAAACUAAGUGAUAUUAUAAUUAGUUAGUUUCUAGAAAUACAUAUGACAUAAACUUGAGUAAAAUAUUGCAGUAAUCGUAAAUUGGUUAAUAUAUGGAUUAAUAUCGUGUGUUUGUUAAGUGUUAUGAUAGAAUUACUGGCUGGAAAUCUGAUAUUUUGUACUGUUUUUUUUUAUUUUCUCUAAGUAGCAGACUAUAGAAGUAAAUUCGUUUUAUAAAAUAUUUCAUGAGUUUUCUAAUUAGUAUGUACGUUUAAAUAAUUAACUUGAUAGAUAUACGAGAAAAUCAAAAUCUUAAAAAUAUGUAUUUGUGCUGAACAGAGAUGUUAGUAUAGUCUAAAUAAGUGUCUAGUGUUGAUGAAUGUUCUCAGAAUGUAACAUUGUAAUAAGAAGUAAACUGGAAUCGAAGCCGCCAAUAAACUACAAAAGAAUACGA